AGGGGGGCCUGGUGCACCCCUCGCGUCUGGAGAACGCGCGUCGGGGCGGACAGCAGCUGUUUCCGUGCCGCCGACAGCUGGCCGCUCGGCCGACCGGAAGAGUGUGCGCGCUGCCUGCCUGCCGUGUAGCCUGCCGCCGCUACUCACCGCCGCUGCUCCGAGCACGGGGGGCCCAGGCCUCCGGCCACAUAAGGUCUUCAGCUAACGGCCGGGAGGCGCACAGCGUUGAAAAGUACACGCGGCCAUCGUUUAGAGCGCCGCUGUUACGACGCGUCGUGCAUCUGUGGCGGUUGGGCUGCUGUGCUGUGUCGGACUACAGCGGCGGCGCGUCCUCUAGCACCUUAGUGCGCGACUUCGGUGUUCCUGUGGCGAGCGGUCGGCACGGGAGCGUUCGCCCAUCGGAGCUCGCGGCUUUCGCCGCGCCCCAUCUUGGGUGCAGCUCAAACAGUUCCCGCCGUGGUUUUGUGCAGGCUUCCAAGAUGACAUUGCCGCUGUGCCUAGCUGCGGCAGUGCCCCCGCCGCGCCUGCUCCUGUGCUGCGAGGGCCGGCUAGGCCGAGUGGUGCCGUGGCCACAGCAGCAUGGCCCUGCCUGCCCAGCCAAGUCCCUGAGGCUCGCUCCCAGUGCGCUCUGGAGGAGACAGCAGCGCAGGCACCGACACCACCACAGGAGUGCCACCAUGGGGCAGAAGGUCACUACCGGCCUCAAGGUGGUUCAGCCAAUGGAGGAAGAGAGCCUGGUGGGUCAGCCGUCAGUUGCCCACCCAAGCCGGCCUGGCUGGAUCCAUGAGGUCCGGGAGCCUCAAAGGCCAUUGCGACUCGAACUGCUACUGGACAUGCCACCAGCUAGUCCAGAGCUACAGUGCCGGCACGCCUGGAACCCCGAGGAUCGGUCACUAAACAUUUUCGUCAAGGAAGAUGAUCGACUCACCUUCCAUCGGCAUCCUGUUGCCCAGAGCACAGACUGCAUUCGUGGCAAGGUGGGCUAUACACGAGGGCUGCAUGUGUGGGAAGUUCGUUGGAGCACGCGGCAGCGGGGAACACAUGCUGUGGUGGGCGUAGCCACACGGGACGCCCCACUUCACUCGGUUGGCUACCAGUCCUUGGUGGGUAGCAACCGUGAGUCCUGGGGAUGGGACCUGGGUCGUAACAAGCUCUACCAUGAUGUUAAGAACAACCCUGCUGUCACCUACCCCGGUGAUUGCCGUCCAGCUGAUGAGAUAUUCUUGGUACCGGAUGCAUUCUUGGUUGUUCUGGACAUGGACGAAGGCACAUUGGCCUUUGUGGUUGAAGGCCGAUACCUGGGCGUGGCAUUUCGAGGCCUGCGAGGGAAAAAGCUCUACCCUGUAGUCAGUGCUGUCUGGGGCCACUGUGAGAUCACCAUGAAGUACAUCGGUGGACUCGAUCCGGAGCCGCUUCCCCUCAAGGAUAUCUGCCGGCGGGUGAUACGGCAGCGUGUCGGCAAGACCCGUUUAUCGCGGGUGCAUGAACUGAACCUUCCAACAGCUCUCAAGGCAUACUUGCUGUAUCAGGACCGGACCAGUUAAUGACCGCCAGCCCUGUGCCACGCGGGCUGCCUAGAGUCCAACUGCCGAGCCCAAGCCUCACGCCUGUCUCACAUCACGGGUCUGCCUCAGGAGCCCUCCUUAUGAGCAAUGCACAGGGUGGAUUUGUGCCAUAUUUACACUGAUGUAAGGCAGGUGCAUUGCCCCUUUUACUACAUUGCUUGCUUGAAAAAACUGACAGUCCGCAUUUCUGACGUUACAAUAAGUGGUGAGAUAAGAAUCAUGCAUUACUCUUGCUGUGCUUACUGGCUGACCUCAUUGCUUUUAAAAUAGUUUGUCUGCAAAGAAAGCUUUUUAGUUAUUUGUAUAUUUAAAGUUUACUCUAAUCAUCAUUCUGGUCGCCCGACAAAAUUCUGGUAGCUACCACUCAGAUUUUCUGAUCAGCAUACUAGAGAAGAUUCCAGAAAGUGUCCAAAGGAUUAGCAUCAUUCUGGUCUCUUUAAAGAGGGUUCAAGCUGAAGCUAGGCCUCGUGGGAAUUGCUGAAAUUAAGUGCUCUUUUCAACACACACAAAGAGGAAUUUUGAUAACAUACCAUUUUAAGCGAUUUCGCAGUUUCACGAACAUUACUAUGUGCUUCCGCUUUGAAGAUCUGUUCAUGCGCCUUAGUAACAAAUUCCUCCUCUUGUUGUUUUUGCAUUCCAUUCCUUAAAGUUUGAGGAUCACUUGAAGCUGUUUGAGUUGGGACAGGCAGUUGCUUGGUGCUUCAUAAAGAGCAAGCAGUGAUUUAAUUCGUGCCAAGCAUGACAUUUGAGGCAUCUCUAAGAGAGCUUGUGGGAUGCUGAAUUGUAAAUAAAUUAAAAUAUAUCUAUGUAUGCCAUUAUUUAUUUAGUAUACUGUUUUCAUAUUUACUUUUUUGAAACACCAAUUUGCUGCAGUGUAAUGUAGACUGUCUUUUUUCUUAUCCAAGUUGUUCUACCUUGAUUUUUAAAUUCCGCUGUUUAAUGUCCUUCAAUUACUUGUUUAGUGACUAUUCCUGCCUUAUAUUUGGAUAAAUAUGGUAACUGGCACAUGUAAAAUGCACCUUGCAGAUGGUUGGCGCAUGUUGUUUCAGUUAUUGUUCACAAAUGCUGCAUGAUUAUGAUGUUCAUUUGUGGCAUCUUUCUUGGCAGACUCGCAGAGCACUGCAAUGUGCAUGAUGUAGUAUUUUAUUUGCAGUUGCUUAGAAUUGCGAUCUCACUAAACAUCAUUAUGGUAUUGAUCGUUACAUUAGAUGAUAUACGAUUCUAUAUAAAAUAUUGCACUGUGUGUUCACCAAAGUAUAAUUGUGCUUCAGUGCAGUCAUGUGAGUGGCUGGCGACAUUUAGUGACAAGUAGUAUUAUUGCGCAUUGUAGUGAGCUGCAAGUCAGCGUUUUAAACGAGGUGAUAGGCAAAUUAUCUGCCAUAUUCUGUUUGAUGCAUUGCUGCUGUUGCACCUGUUACGAAUCCACCCUGUGGUACAAGUUCAGUAUGUCAAAGUAGUUUAUUAUGUGAAGUAUUGAACUGUCACGGUAGAGAGUACAUUCUGUAAUAGUGGGAAUUGGCGGAUGGGACAUUGCAGAGUUUUGGCACCUUUUGUUGCUGAGGAAUGCGUGAAUUGUUUGGGACGUGGCUCUGUGGCACUUAAAGGCAUUUGUGCAGCAUGCUGUGACAUUGCAAAUAAUCUUGGCACCUGUCGCAUUGCUGCUGGUUUUUUUUUUCCCCGAGUGCGUGGGCAUAGCUUAGUCACACCUGCCGGUGCAAUGUUUUGCGCACAGUUUCGUCGCCUCUUUCAUGGGCUUUGCUCGGAGCCAUUCUGCUGUGAACACUCUGAGGGACACCAAUUGUAGGCCCUGUAGACCAACCGCACCAAUGAAGAGUGCAUCUGUUUCGGCGACCACUUUCUUCGUGAGAAAAACAAGUGGGUUAUUUUUGUGUUUGCGACACUUCAUGUGUGGCUGGACAUUUCUGACCACGGACCGGACCAUGGUUUGUUCAGUGUACAUAGAUGCUGAGUAUUUGGCUGUAAUGGGCUGGCCGAAGUUUGCAAAAGGAGUGCUUGGACAGGACGUUUACAGGCAUCGGGCAGCAACAUCUUCGGCUGGAGUCACGUGCGGAGUGAGCUGCUGCUAAGGCUUGUCCUGCAGUGAAUAGGGAAGGCUGCUGUGAACCGUAGCGAAACUUUUCGCUUGGGCAGGUUGCUUUCUCAAGAGACUGCAGAACUGUCCAAUUACUGCUGAUCUAAUAUGUUACCACGUGUGCAGUGCGACAUGUAGAAAUGGCUUUUGUUACUGGCAACUUGCAAUAUAAAAUUUUUCAAUGGAACAGUGUGAUGCAGAGAAACCAGUUAAGACUUGCCUGUGCAGUGGCUGUUGCUGUAAUCAGUGUUGCCAGUGGAAGCAGCAGCUGACAUGUGCUUUUGCUUAUCCACUUGCUGCUUUUCUCUCUCAAGCAUCAGUUCGCAUCGAGCUGGAUGCAAUAAGUGUGCUGCAUAGUGCCUCCCAGCAAUAUAGUGCCGUUUCAGUAAAGUCCGUUGCGAAUUCCACUGAAGGUUAGGCAGAUGCAUCCAUUUUCUAUAUCAGAAGCAACACCCAAGAUUAGCUUUUAUUUUUUUUUGUUCAUAUCAGUAUUUUCUGGCCAGAAUGAGCGUUUCGCAAUGGUGAGCACAUUUUUGUUCAGGUGAAUGCCAUUAGGUGAUCAGAUGAUCUGAAUGUGGUAGUGUGGUGCAGGACAUUUUAUCUCUUCGUGUUAUUGCCGUGGAAAUUCACGGGGCUAGCAGUAUGUGUGUCUGCACUCCGGUGUGGUGAGCACGUUUAGGAGUGGUUGAGUGGUUAAUGCAGUCAUUGUGUAAAUCCUGCAGUUCUGUUCACUUGCUCGCCAUUGCUCCUUGUCUAGGUUGCAACUGUUUAGGUUAAUGAAUUCGACAAAUAUUGCACAUCUGAACAGAGUAUCUUACGUUUGCAGCCAGAAAGCAGAAGAGAUUGCAGUUCUUUCUGUUCAUUGGUGCCUGAUUGGUGCUUGUAUUUAUUGUCGUCCCUGUGUUAAUAGAGAGUGUUUAGGGUUGUCAUGCCAUGGCAUUCGCAGUAAUUUGAAUUUAACCAGAAUAUUAUGUUCCGAUGAGCAACUAUUGAGUUUGUGGGGCCUUUCUUUUUGUUUCUCACUUCAGCAAAGAAUAGUUCUGAGGAACAUCUUGCCAAUGUAUAUUUAGCUUUGUAAAUUGAAAACACAUUGCUGUGUUUGCUGAAGUAUCCUUGUAAUAUAAAUUUCAGGGCCAUCUCUCUGCAUUGAUAUGGCGCAAGACUUUUUAUUUAUUUCAGAAUGUCUGUGCACUCUUUGAUGCUACAAUCUUCUGCUACAUUUUUGAACUGGUUACUUGGGAAGUGAACAAAAAAAAAAGAAGAGCUGGAAUGUUGGCGUCAGCUGGCGGUGAUGGGCCUGUGCAUGUGGAAGUUUUUAGCUGCGAUAUCUGAGCCUUGUGGCAAACCAGAUUACUUCCAUGCCAGUGGUAUUUAGCAUAUCUCACGAAAGAAGCCACAGAUGCACAAGCCAAGCUACUUUUGGCUGAAUCAUGAAUUUGUGGCUAGGUUUAUUCUGAACGAACUAUGUACAUGCAGAUUUAGGUUACUUCAUGGAAAUUUGUCAACAGGCUUUUCAGAAGAACCUUUGGCAUAGCGUGAUAAAUUUAACUUAUUGCAUAUGUUGGCAAAAGCUCACCAGAAGGAGGCAGUGGCAUGCAUCAGAGCAUUACAAAUUUGCUGACUAUUCAUGGAUGCUGUGAGAUGGGAGAGAGCCAUUGCAAGCCUCUUGCACUUUGUUGCAGGAGCAGUGUUUGCUGUAGGGUUUCAGAUCUUUGCUACCACUACCUUGCAAAAGAUGCUUCAAAGGCCACAGCUUUUAACCGGGAGGAAUCAGCUGAAUGUUCAGUCGCUGUGGACGCUACGGAAUUUUGUGCCGAGUUAAUGUAUAUUGUCGAUUAUAAAUCAACUCCGAUUAUAAGUCUACCCCCAACUUGAAACCCCUUCUAGGAAAAAAAACAAAAAAAAAAACAGCGACACAAAUUGCACACACCACUGUUUGCAAGCAAAGUGAUAUGCAGAAAUGGCGAACAGGCAUGCAAAGAGUGCAAAAACUUGCAAAGACACUUGUGGGUGCAUGUGACCGGUCACGUGGUUUAGUUCCCCGCGAAGUGUUGUCAGCCCACAUGGCACUGCCAGCUUUUCCUUGGAGCACCCACGGUUUGUCAACAAAGCAUUUCUAUCUAUCGUAUGAAAACAAAACUUUAAGGCGUAUCUCAAGAUAAAUUCCUCUUUUUUUUAAGCAGCCCGCUUUCACACAGUGUCUGAUAGCUAUUGCGGAAUUAUGCGUGCAUGGCGUGCGAUAUUACCUGCAGCUCGAUCAAAACUACUUUCUACUCCAUAGAUAAGUCGACUUUAUGAUUCCGCGUAUAGGGCAACUCCGAUUAUAGGUCGACCCUUGAACUUUGGAAGGUCAUUUCAUGAAAAGAACAUAGACUUAUAACUGGCAGUAUACGGUAGCUUUGUGCUUGGAUAUUGAUGUAUGGCCAAAGAAAGCUGUAGCAAAGCAUCUGUUCGUGCUCACUGGCUACAGGGAAACUAUUCAGGCGCACUGGCGUAGAAACUAUUCACUGGACAUGCGUAGCAUUAUCUUUUUUUUUUAAAGUGUACUGACAACAAAUUCUUGUCUUGUUUUUAUUACUUCAUUGAAUAGCUUUCGACCCUGUAAUUACCGAAUGGAGCCUCAAUUUCCCAUGAGCGCAACAAAUGAUUUACAUUGUCUUUGAAUACGACCAUUUCAAGAUGCCCACGCAGAGCAGCAUGGCUUUGAAUGUCGAAAAAGAGGUUCUUUACGUCACUGAAACCUGUUGUGGCGGCCUCAUGGUACCAAAUACUAUUGACACGUACGCACACACACUUUGCUGCCAAGAGCUAGAGUCCAUUCAGUAAUGAUGGGACAAAAGUAGAGAGGGCCAUUUCCAAGAGAAGCACACAAUUGGAAGGGCCAGUGUGGUACCUUUUGGUGACGGGAUCAUUGUAUGGCUUCCAACCACCAGACCUUGUCACCUCCGCUUUUGGUGGUGGGACAAGCCACAAUUUGAACAUCCGAAACUGCACUUGUGUGAUUUGGAUGGGUUGUACGAGAGGUGCUGUAAUUAUUCAUUUGUGUUGCUCUCAAGGAAUUGAGUCUUCGUACCAUAACUGUGGAGUUGACAGCUACCUAAAAGGGGCAAGAAAAGCUUGACACAAAAUUUUCUUGUCGGUACUCCUUGAAGUUCUCUCAUUACCAAGUGUGAAAGCUUCUAUUGUUCAGUGUGACAAUCUUCAUGUCAAGAAAACAGUUGUGCAAGUUGUGUGGCUUUCACCCUGCUUGCAGCCAGCAAAUGUAACAAAAUUACAUUUGUUGCCAAUUUAUGAUGCCAUAUCGUUAUUCAGUUGGUGCUUUGCUACGAGGACUUCCGGACAUACAUAAACUAGCCUUACAGGGCACCUAAAUAUUUCAUUUCUUCAUUGCUGCAGUUACAGUGGUACCAAAGCACAAGUGUCUUUUUGUUUUGCAUGAGUUCAGUAAAAAAGACAGUUGAAAAGUCUGUCCAUUUUCUUGUUGGUAGCACUUGAUGGGCUAAAUUAGGUGCAGGCCGCUGUUACAUUCGCUCUUGUCCGGGUAGGAAAAAUUCAUAGUUCAUUCACAAGUGUCAAAUUAAAGUCUGAAUCGGAGUUUUGUGUUUGGUGUAAAAGACUAGUGUAACGCGAGCUGUUCGCAAGUCUACUGGCAUGGUAGUUUACCACUGAUUAGUCACUCUGCCCACUAGCAGGACUGUCACUGUUAAGCUGAGGCUUUCAAGAACAUCUGUUAGCACUCCCCAAGUUGCAUAUCGUACCACUGGAAAGGUUUCUUCACCAUCUGACGACUUUCCAGGCCUAGCAUGGGUCUUGCCCAACACUUCGUACUGUGUUCGCAAAAAAAAGUGCAGUUUCGCUUUUCGACCAUGCUGCGUUGAUCAUCUGAAUGGAAGGCCGCCUUCCCAUGUGGGCUGCCAUGGACAGCUGUCACCUUCAAUGCUGGAUGUCUGUGUCAGUGUUGUGGUGUAGAUGCCUCGUGAUUUCGUGUAUUAGCGAAUAAAACGCCGAGGUUUGUAUGUG